CUAUGCGCAAUGCGCCCGACUGCAGUGCUUAUCAGUGGUUUAAGUGGUUCGUAUGAGCCAAGGACCUCGGGUAUCCAGCAACUAAUCCGUACAUACGGGCUGUAUCAUAUAUUGACGCAUGCAAAGUACCUGGCUUAUUGUAGACGCAUCGCCUGUAAGAUGAUUGCACAGCUUCAGCAGCAAGGAAGGUCAGCCGCUAAUCAUGGUUUGACUGUGCCACUUCUUCACUCCGUCUUGAAGAUAAUGCCCUUCUGCAGAGCCACAAUACAGGAAUGUUGGCUUCACACUGAGACUUGGGGACAGCAAUGCACUCCAUCUCAGCCGCACAUAAAUAGCUUGCUUGUCUGGCCUGGGAUUUGAUUAUUGUGUCAAAAAGCGACUUCCGUGUUCUCAUCACCUGUUGCGAACACAUAUUUCACCGCAACGAAACAAGCGAUAUACGCUGGUUUUCAGUCAUCUUGGCCGUCGACCACCUUUCAAGUACGCAAUGGGAGUGGAAUCUCACGGCUCUGGCGCAAAAGCGUCGGCAGCUUCCGCACCACCAGCGUACACUCCUGUUGCAGGUGCACCACCUCCUACAGGUCCGCCGAAGCAACUUUCUGAAAAAGAACUGGAUGCUCUCAAUGCUGCGUUCUCGGCACUAAACUUGCCCACUGUCGCGCAGAAGGUAGAUGAGAAUACUUGCCUUGCGCAUCUCAAGCUACUUGCCACUUUUCAUAAUCUAAAGGAAGAUGUCGGCUAUACCGAUGGCUUGUGGAAUAUCUUCGAUUCUCGCGCCAAUCUCCAUGAUGAUCCCAAGUCCGAGCCAGGGGCAGUGUUGGCGAAACUGCGAGAGAAGCGCUGGGCAAUAUAUGUUACAAGGGCGGUUGACCGGUAUGAGGCAUGGUGGAACACGAUGCCUUCUGAUCCUUUGACGAACGAUGAGAUGACGGCCAACUCGCCCAAACACGGGGAUUUUGUGAACUCAGAAACACCGCUAAAAUGGACUCCAGAGAUGUUGCCACCUUUAGAUGUUCUCAUGGUCUGGCAUGCUCAUAUGCUCAAUCCUCGUGACUACCUCGAGGAUUGCCUUCGCGCGGGCAGGCGAGAGCUUUGGACCGCAGGACUCCCGUGGAAGCUUGUGAAUGCGGCCAUUGACACCAGCUUCAACUAUAGCGUUUCCGAAGACACCGCUGCUAUCUGGAAAGCGGCCACCGGUCAUGAGUGGGACAAUGCCAGCGAUUCUUUGGAAAAAAGCUUCAAGUGCCCGGCAUGUUCGAGCCAGUACAAUAUUCCAUGGACGACUUGUGGCCAGGCGGAAGACUCGAAAGAUCGCAGUCCUGGUUUGGUAGGCACAGGCUACGGAGACGGCGAAUUUGAAAGUACCUGUGCUAGUUGUGGCACGAGGAUCAACAGAGAUUUCCUUGAAGUCGCCAAAUUCGUAAACGACGUGAAAGCACUCCUGAUGAAAAAUCAACCAAUGCCAGGCACCAUUCUUUACUACGACACCGGCCUGCCAGAGAGACUAAUGCCAAGCAAGCACGAAACUGCGAAGCUUGAACAGACUUUCCCCAACCGCCUUCUUCAGAACGCACUACGGAGUGAGAUCCUGGAAUUGAUCCAACCUGGCUCAAGUUUGUUGCCAAUCAGGAUGGAGACUGUCCGCAGCAUGAUAGAGGACGUCAUGAAAGACCAGAACCUCCUCAAGAAAGCUGACGGUGUGACUGGAGUUUCCUCGUUGAGGCCCUACCAGCUGUCAAACCGAUCCAGAAUUCCGGUCAGAAAGAUGAUGGCACAUUACUGGGGCAACUUUUCACCUUUCGCGCUUGAACUCGGUGGUGCUGUACACCGACAGGGUAUCUUCACCGAGAAGAUGUACAAGAUCGACUGGCUUCACAGUCCCACAGCCCGGGAUACGAUGCAGCGACUUGUUGUCAAAUACCAACGGUUCGUCCAGAUCAUGGCCUCUAACAGUAAUAAAGUCGCCGUUCCGACUCUCGACGUCGACCUUGCAUGGCACACCCAUCAACUAAGCCCUCGUUCCUAUCUGGAGUUUACUUUUGCGAAGACCGGUAAAUUCAUCGAUCAUGACGACAAGAUCAACGAGGAUAAGCUGGCUUCUGCAUUCGAGUGGACUAGCAAGACAUAUCAAGGGCUCUUCGGUGAAGUAUACAGCGAGUGCACAUGCUGGUAUUGCGAAAGUGUUCGUGCUUCUCAUAUCAGCUCCGUCGGAAGAGUACUUGGGGUCUCAAAGAAUGAAAAGCUUGUCAACGAGUUCCAUGAGUCCGGCAGGGCGAACAUGUGUCCCCCAGAUGCAUCGGCACACAUCUCAGCGCACAAUGCAGUCAAGUACCACGACGAGGAUGCUAGUCGAGCUAUUACACUAAAGGCCAUGCACGAUACUCAGCUCGCUAGAAUGGAGGCGAACUACAAGAAAGCACAAAAGAGAGCGGAGAAGAAGGGCCGGAAACUCCCACCUCGCGAUGAGUACUACUACUACUGGGGAUACCCUUACACGAUGUACGGACCAUGGGUUUAUCCGAUCUACUGGACACCCGGUUUUUAUUAUUACGAUCCAGGCAUGGCGGCUGCCGGGACCGGUCACGCUGGCGCUUGUGCGGCAGGGACCUGUGGAGGCGCUGCAGGAGCAGGAGCAUGCGCGGGAGCUGCGGCUGGUAAGCACCUUCCGGGGUCACCUCGACACCGUGCCUUGCCUGGCUAUGGCUUUGGGCUUUGGAGAUCGCAGUUGGAACGAGCAAUAACUAACUUUGGAUUGUGCAGGUUCUUGUGGGGGUUCUGGGGGUUGCGGUGCUGGCGGAGCAGUAAGAAUAUCACCAUUGGGUUUAUUUGCCUUUGCUAACAACGGUAGUGUUCCGGAGGUGGAUCAGGAGGC